GCGAGUAAACAGACAGCAGAAGGGAAAGCCACGAAGGCACUGAGCGCAGCGGGGAAAAUGUUCUCUCUGAAAUCUGCCAGUUGGAUUUUACUUUCACUGUUGAUUGUUUCAGUGGAAUCAGCAGACAAAAAAGAAAAUGAAAAAGUUGCAAAAGUAAAACCAAAAGGCCUGAGUCUUAGGGACAUCACAUUUGUUGUGAUCAGUCAGCCAAAUUCCUAUCAUUUAAAGAGGUCUUCAGAGUUCAAAGAACAUUUCAAAGAUCAAACAAAGGAUCUCAGUGAGAAAGAGAAACCCAAGCUAUACUUUACACAUGAAAAAUGGGAUCUUAUUGGGGCCUUUACAGUCCUUCCACUACUGCCAAUUUUUGCCCAGGAAUUGAAAGAUUCUUCAUGGAUUUUUAUUUGUGAAGAAGAAACCAGACUCUCCUUACCUAGGCUAUUAGACGUGCUCAGAAAAUAUGAUCCAAACAAGGAAUAUUUCCUGGGUAAGGCUUUACAUGAUAGAGAAGCCACCAUCAUUCACCAUUUUGCUAAUGCCAACAACCCUUCAGCCUUUUCUUUCCCUGACUUCGGUACAGGAAUUGCUUUAAGCAGAGCGCUGUUCAUGAGUGUUGGACAGAGAUGGCCAGAUGAUUCUAUCAGAUCAGAUUUUACUAUUGAUCCUAAACAUGAACUAGCUCUGGCUCUACAGCAUGGGAAUAAUGGAGCAAGUCUAACAGAUGUGCCUGAGUUAUGUACCUUUGACUACACUGAGAAGUGUGCCUCAUGGUUUCCUGUGAAGUUUCCUGAUUGUGGCCCAGAGAUACCUGAAGAGGAUUUGUUUGUAGGAGUGAAGACAUGUGAAAAGUUCCACAAAGAGAGAGUACCCAUUGUAAAAGAGACUUGGGGAAAAGACACAAAGAAUAUAGAGUAUUUUAGUGAGAAGGAGGAUCCCUCAAUUCCAACCAUCGACCUUGGUGUUCCAAACACUGAGAGAGGACAUUGUGGGAAGACUAUGGCUAUGCUGAGAAGAUGGCUUCAGGACAAGAAAUUUGCCAAAGUUCCCUGGUUCUUGAUUGCAGAUGAUGACACUAUUAUAAAUUUGAGGAGAUUGAGGAAGUUACUAGCUUGUUAUGAUCCCAAAGAACCCGUUCACCUCGGAGAGAUGUAUGCAUAUGCUGUGGCCAAGAAAAACUGGGGCUAUACCUAUAUCACUGGUGGAGGAGGGAUGGUGUUCAGCAGAGAAGCCAUCAAUCGGCUGGUGACGAGUGGCGAGUCGGAUUGCAGCGCUGACGAUUCCCCGGAUGACAUGACGCUGGGAAUGCGGUACAAACGGAUUGACAUCAGUUUGGUUCACAGUCCAUAUUUCCAUCAGGCCCGACCAGUUGACUACAGUACAGAUUUUCUAGCAGCAAGAACUCCCCUGUCUUUCCACAAGCACUGGAUGUCCGACCCUAGGGCUGUGUACGAGGACUUGAUGAAGGAACCAGAGAGUACAAACAGACCAACAGACAGUGGGACAACUACGACAGAAAAAUCUGAGGACCAUGAAGAGUUAUAGUGGCUUUUAGAUACAUUAGAUAGCAGUUAAUCAAAUUCAUGUUAAUGCAUUAAUGUUAUAUCUUAUCUUUUAGAGAUUUUGAAUAUAGCAUUGGAGGGAUAUUAGUUUUUUUUGUUGGGUUUUUUUUUUUUUUUUUGGGGGGGGGGGGGGGGGUUAUUUUUACCUUAAUUUGGGUAAUGGGCAAUCUUUGUGCCAAAAAUAAGCUUCAAAUGUUUCUCCUUUGGAAAAUUAUGAUCUGGACAAAAAAGGGACAGACAGAUUGACAUGUUGAUUCCUUCAAACACUCCUAAAAGCAUGAAAAAGUACCCAUAUCAUUGAAUAUAUUGUAUUAUUAAAUACAUGUAUGUGUUUUUGAUAGACAUUUUUUUUUAUCAAUUUAUUUGUUGAAAAUUGCUGUCUCUUUUACAAUGUAGCAUACAAAUAUAAAAUUCAUCUUGUUUCAUUUUGUUUUAACCAUAGCUUCAAGCUUUGCCAUUGUUUAUAUCCAUAUUGAAUUUUAUGCUGCCCAGACUGACUGCCAAAGCAUACUCCACAAGUUUGAUAUUGAUAACAGAUGAUUGGUCUUGUGUAUAUGCAGUUACUAUGUAUACAUGUUCAUUAUGCUUGAUGGUCAUCCAUGGAGAUAUGGAUUGAUUGCACAGUGAAGAAAGAUUCUGGGUUCUCAGAAAGAUGUGUUCAUGUAAAAAAAAAAAAAAAAAAAAGAUAAAAAGUGAUUUCUACAUCAUCCUGCUACACAUGACAGUAACAUUAAAAAAAAUUAUGAAUCACAUACUAUUAGUUUUAGGAUUUUUGGUGAAAAACUUUUUCAGGGAUAUAUUUUUAUAGAGCUUGAUUCUAUUAUCUGGAAUAUAUGUUCAUUUCUUUUAGAUAUAUUUCUAUGUAAAUUUUAUUCAUGACUAACAUUAGAAAGACAGACAAUAAGGGAGCUGUUGUAAUAUUCCAAGUCCUCUGAUGAAACGAGUCUUAGUAUGGUUGACUUGAUCAGUUUAAGAGAAUGUCCAAAAUCAUAAACAUGUAUUUCAAAUCGUAUCAUAUUUAUCCAAGAUUUGAAUGUAGCUUCAUCCUAAUGAGAAAAACCUAUAAUUUAGAAGUGAUUGUAAGGAUGACAAACCAAAGUUUUGAGCUCUACACAUGUUGGUUGUUAUGGAAAUUACUGUAAAAUUAUAUAAAUUUGCGGGGACCAAUUUUUGUGGAUUGUGGAGAUUUUACAGCUUCAUUGGGGUGUAAUUUCAUGGGUAUGAAUCUGUACAUUGAAACAUUAAAUAAAUUGUGCAUUUCAUUGUGGUUAGAAAUUGGUGGUGAAGUCAGUGAAAAUUGAGCCAUCUCAAAAUCUAAUGAACACACAAUAUUAGUAUAUUGAGAUAAACGUAAAUUGUUUUAUAAAUUGAAUUAUUUUUAUUAUCAUACAAAAAUAAAUGUAGUUCAUAAUCAACUAUCAAGUAAUUAAUAAAUAAUACAUUUACAUCAUGGAAUCAGUUCUCAUUUGAUUUCUUGAUUAAUUUGUUCAAUUUAUUGAUAUCAACAUGUUGGUAUACAGCCAAGAUUUAUAUAAUUGAACAGAUAAACAAUUAAAUUAUUAAUUUGCAUGUAUAUAUUAGAUAGUUAUAGGAUGAAUAAACAAAAUCUUGCAUGGGCAUUUUGAGUUACUGUCUAUUGUAAACUAGAAGGAAUAUUCAUCAAUUUUUUGCAUGCUCAUAUUAAAAACUCAUCACCCUUAAAUAGUGCAGCUCCAUCAUUAUCCUUAAGUAGUGCAAGUAACACUCAUGUAAUUUGACAUUUAUGUAAUUUACAUGUAAUCAGUAAUAAAAACUUGUUAUGCAACAUCAUUAUAGGUGUUCAUUUCUUUAAAAUUACAAGUCUGUUGUUAUUAUAUAUUUACAUUUAUUUAUGUUUUGUUAGUGAUGAAACCUAUGCCAUUUUAAUGUAGUUUCUCAAUAAAAGCACUGACCCUUCAAUUUGACACAAAGUUAGAUAAAGAAAUAUAAGAAAUAGAUGUCAUGGUUGUUGGUAUUAUGGGGGUGGGGGAGUGGGUUUAUAAAAACAAUGGUAGAAUGGUGGGUGUAUUUUCUGUAUAGUUUGCUUUAUUAACUGUAUAUAUCCCAAUGAUACAAAAAGACUUCGACAUUUAUUAUGCUAAAAAAGUAGGUUCACAGAUGUUUUAUUUUGGUGCCAAAUAAAUGUGAUUUAGUUUCUAAGCAAUAUUGUAGAUAAAUUUGGCUGAUUGUCUUGUUUUUAUAUUUCGUAAACAUUGUGGAUUAAACUUAAUCUCAGCGAGAUUCCUCGAGGCUGGAUAUUUGGACUGACGCCUCCAAGUUCAAAUAUCCAGCUUUGAGGAAUCUCGCUGAGAUUAGAUUAAACUGUUUUGUUUCAUAUGAGAUCUGUCAAAAUGUUUCCAGUAAUGACCUUUUUAAAAAUUAUAUUUUUUUAUACGUGUAUAGUGCAUGUAUAUUGCAGACAUUGUUAUUUCUAUAGUCAUAUGUAUAGUGAUCUUUCUGGGUGAUUUUUCCCCAGAGACUUGUAUUGAAUUGUACUGUGUUGAAGUAUGAGAAAAUACAUGUAUAUUUUGGGAUUAUGAAUAAUAUAUUGCACAGGGUAAGGAUGUGAAUUAUUGUUUGUGAAAAAGAGCACAGAUUAAUUUUUGUGUUCUCAUUGUUUUUUGAGCACAUGAAACAUGUUCAUCUUAAAGGGGCAUGGACAUGAUUUAAGCUGAAAAUUUCAAAUCUUAUUUUUCCAUUUUUAGUGCUUACAAUGCUUAACUAAAGUAUUUCUAAUGGUCAACAAAAAUUUUAAUAUUAGUUGUUGAGUUACAAGUGAGAUACAGCACUCAUAAUUCUUCGUAAUGUAAACAAGGCUCGUGCCAUGUUUUUGUUUACAUAUAGAUUGCUUUAUAGAAAACAUUUUGUUUAAAACAAAAUGAGAUGACCCAAACACUAAAAACUAUUUAAUUGUGUUCAGAAUUAACUUGUAAAUUUACUAGUACAGUAUAUUUACAUAUGUAAACAAAAACAUGGCAUGAGCUUUGUUUACAUAACAAAGAAUUGUGAGCUCUGUAUCUCCUAUGCAUGCGCAGUACCUCAACAACCGACAUUCACAACUUUUGCUGACUAUUAGAAAACCCUUAAUUAAGCAUUCUAAACAUUAAAAAUGGAAGAAUAAAAUUUGAAAAUUUUAAGCUCAAAUCGUGUCCAUGCCCCUUUAUAGUAUGUUGUGGAUUUGAAUUUUUUUCUGGGUGGGAAUUUCUUCACAAUGCAUUUCAAUAAAUGAUUAAAAAUGAUUGCA